GGGUAGAGCUGGAACUCGUCGCAACACAGCCGCACGGGUCUGAGAAUGGUGGGGUCUCUCUUCCAUCUCUCGUCAAGUUUCUCUGCUGCGGCUUGCGGCUUCUCUCUCUCUUACGUUCAAAUCCUCUCUCUCUCUCUCUCUCUCUCGCUCUCUCUUCUUUUGGUUGUUUGGAAGCUCCUGUUGCUUCCCCCAAAUCACAGCCCUUCCUUGUUCCUCGUAUACCACCAUCGCAUCUCACUGCGACCUCACAAAACUCCCAAUUCCACCUCCACCAACGACAAUUUCACUCCUAUCAUUCUUCCCUCUUUCAUGGGUAACAGCCAAUUACCCUCUAAUGGAGUCCACUUUGGUCAACGAGCCUUCCUGGAUUGUUCUUCCAGGAAAUUAGUCUUACCCUGAUUCUUCCCCACUGAAAGGAAUCGCCAGCCUUUUCAAAAUUUUUUAAUGUGCUUGCUUUUACCUUCCCCUGCCACGCGUGAUCACGAUUGGGUCGCAGCCAUUGCAGGGCUUGAUUUAUAGAUCGGAUGGCAGAGAGUAAAGAGAGUUGGGAUGGAAGUUAUGAUGACUCCGGAAGUAUAUCAGAUGACAGCAGUUAUUAUGCGAGACUGCAUAUUGAACCUAUUUAUGACUCGUUUUUGUGCCCUUUAACGAAGCAAGUAAUGCGGGAUCCUGUUACUAUAGAAAGUGGGCAAACCUUUGAACGCGCGGCCAUUGAAAUGUGGUUCAAGGAAUGCAAGGAAAGUAGAAGGAGGCCAAUCUGUCCAAUGACACUAAAAGAAUUAAGAAACACGGAUCUGAAUCCCAGUAUUGCUCUGCGGAAUACUAUUGAAGAGUGGACUGCUAGGAAUGAAGCUGUUCAGCUAGAUAUGGCUCGUAAGUCACUUAACUUGGGAAGUCCAGAAAAAGAAACUUUGGGAUCUUUAAAGUAUGUUCAGCAUGUCUGCCAAAAGGGUUUGUCAAGGCACAUCGCACGAAAUGCUGGGUUAAUCCCUAUGAUUGUUAGCUUGUUGAAGAGCACCAGCCGAAAAGUCCAGUUUAGAGCUUUGGAAACCCUUCGAAUUGUGGUACAAGAAGACAAUGAGUGUAAGGAUAUAUUAGCUGAAGGUGACACUCUUCACACAGUAGUAAAGUUCUUGCGUCAUGAGCAUUCAAAGGAGAAGGAGGAAGCUGUAGCUUUGCUGUAUGAGCUUUCCAAGUCUGAAGCCUUGUGUGAAGAGAUUGGUUCAGUUAAUGGGGCUAUUCUUAUAUUAGUUGGAAUGUCGAGCAGCAAAUCUGAGAACAUCUCCACAGUUGAAAAUGCUGAUAGAACAUUAGAAAACCUGGAGAAGUGUGAGAAUAACAUUCGACAAAUGGCUGAAUAUGGUAGACUGAAGCCUCUUCUGACACAGAUUCUUGAAGGCCCGCCAGAAACUAAACAUUCCAUGGCUGCACAUUUGGGUGAGCUAGUUCUAAAUAAUGAUGUAAAACUCUUUGUGGCUCAGACUGUGGGGUCGUCUCUAAUUAAUAUCAUGAGAAGUGGUGAUAAGCAGUCAAAAGAAGCUGCAUUAAAAGCCUUGAACCAGAUAUCGUCUUUUGAGGCUAGUGCAAGAGUUUUGGUUCAGGAAGGGAUACUUCCACCUCUCGUUAAGGAUCUUUUCGCAGUUGGUUCAAAUCCACUUCCCAUGAAACUAAAAGAAGUAUCUGCAACCAUUCUUGCCAAUGUUGUGAGCUCAGGUUGUGAUUUCAAUUCCAUUCCAGUGGAACCUAAUAAUCAGACUACACUUGUCUCUGAAGAUACUGUCCAUAACCUGCUACAACUCAUUAGCAAUACCGGUCCAGCUAUCGAAUGCAAGCUUCUCCAGGUUCUUGUUGGACUUACAAGUUCUCCUUCAACUAUUUCAAGUAUUGUUGAUGCCAUUAGAAGCUCAGGUGCAGUUAUCAGUUUGGUUCAAUUCAUUGAAGCCCCACAGCUGGACUUGCGUGUUUCUGCUAUAAAGCUCCUCCAGAACAUCUCCCCACACUUAAGCCAGGAGCUAGCAGAUGCGCUACGUGGUUCAGUUGGCCAGCUGAGCAGUUUAUUUAGAAUUAUAGCAGAAAAUACUGGAAUCACAGAAGAACAAGCAGCUGCGGUACGGCUUCUAGCUGAUCUUCCUGAAAUGGAUUUUGGCCUCUCCAGGCAGAUGCUUGAUGAAGGAGCUUUUGAGUUGGUCUACCUUAGAAUUGUUCAACUCCGCCAAGGGGAGACUAGGGGUGGCCGAUUUUUAACACCAUUCCUUGAAGGCCUUGUUCGAAUUCUUGCGAGGAUUACAUUUUUAGUGGGUGCUGUUGAGCCUGGUGCUCUUGAAUUUUGUCGCAGUCACAAUCUUGCUGCUUUAUUCAUUGAACUGCUUCAGUCUAAUGGACUCGAGAAUGUGCAGAUGGCUUCAGCCAUGGCAUUGGAAAACUUAUCUCAAGAAUCCAAAAAUUUGACUCAGAUACCUACGCUUCCGGAACCUGGAUUUUGUGCCUCAAUUUUUCCAUGUCUCUGUGCAGAACCAGUGCUGACAGGGCUGUGUCCUCUCCACCGGGGUACGUGUUCUUUGAGGGAAAGUUUUUGUCUUUUGGAAGGUAAGGCAGUGGACAAAUUGGUUGCCCUUUUAGAUCACACAAAUGAGAAGGUUGUCGAGGCAGCGCUUGCGGCACUAUCUACUUUAUUGGAUGAUGGGGUUGAUGUUGAAAAGGGGGUUAAAAUUUUGGACGAUGCAGAUGGAGUUCAGCCUAUAUUUAAUGUGUUGCUUGAAAACCGUACAGAGAAUCUGAUGAGAAGGGCCGUUUGGACAGUCGAGAGGCUGUUGCGCAUGGAGGACAUCGCCAUCGAAUUCUCAAAUAAUCCAAAGGUGAGUACAGCGCUUGUUGAUGCCUUCCAGCAUGGUGACUACAGAACUAGGCAAAUUGCUGAGCGUGCCUUAAGACAUGUUGAUAAGUUACCCAAUUUCUCCAAUAUAUUUCCUAAUCCUAGUAAUUUGGGAUAACCUUAUUUCUUCUACAUAAUGCUCGUCCAAUUAUUUGUGGCUUUUGUUGCCCUUUGCAAAUGGAAUUUUCUUUCCUUUUCUUUUUUCCUUAUCAUUAUUUCUUAUUUUGGUUCGUGAGAUUCUAGCCUAAGUAUUGGAGGUAGAUAUCGAUGUAUAAAGUCUCCAGCUCUUUAGUCUUAUCAGGAAUUUGAUUUGUUGAGUGGUUCUAGCCUGUAAGUUCUUUUGUCGUCAAUCAAAUAAACUGCAUAUCAAGUUAGGGAUGCAAUGUUGGUGAAAGGUGGUGUUUUUCUAAGUUUUUAAUUUUCUGGAGGAUUGUUUGUCAAUGGAUUUGUACUUUAAUAGAUUGAGUUUCUUGACCCA